GUGCCAAUAUGAGACAGAGGAACUGGUAAAAGAAAUAACCAACACAAUCUAAGUUAGGGGUGGCCGAGACAAAAACAGAGGUUUAGAGAGAGAGCUAAGGGUUGGUCCCUCCUUUGUAGGAGGCCAUAAUGGCAAGGACACACUAGAGUGCUCCUCCCUUUCUCUUUCCUUUGAGAAACCCUCCUACCCUAUCUUCUUUCCAUUGAUCACCAGGGGGUCUUCAAUCAUUGAGGCGAGCAGUUACGGGAGAGGUGAAGUGGUACUUGGCCGGAGGUUGAUCAAGAGACGAAUAAUGUCUUCUGAUAGUGCUCCGUCCCCGGAUAGCACUUCACCACCAUCACCAGACUCCUCCUCGUCAUCGCCGUCUCCAAAGGAAUCCCCAAAGGAAUCAUCUCCCGCGAAACCGCCCUCGUCACCACCACCAUCAGCACCGCCACCGUCAUCUCCGCCGCCGUCAUCACCUCCACCAUCAUCUCCGCCACCUCCAAAGGACUCGACGCCACCUCCCAAGGGUUCCUCAUCGUCACCUCCACCGAAAGCGGCAUCCUCCUCGCCACCUCCGCCAAAGGAAGCGAACCCAGCCAGUUCGCCUCCUCCUCCAAAGGAGCAGGCGGCAAAAUCACCGCCGGCUGUGCCGACACCUCCAGCGGCUGUUACUGAAGCAAAUGAUACGGCUGCCGCUACAACACCUCCACACGCGCGUCCUAAGACUUCUCCCACUGGUGCACUAUCGCCGCCGUCACAUGGAAGCAGCACCCCAUCAACAGAUAGCUCUGAUGAAGACAGCUCAUCAUCAACGGAUAAUAAAGGUAAGAUAGCCGGAGUGGCUAUUGGGGCGUCAUUGGUUAUAAUUGCCUUGCUCGUGGUGUGCGUGGUUUGCAUCAGAAGGAAGAGGAGAAAGCGUCGUGAAAUGCAGUACUAUGGAGAUCCUGCUGAUCAUCACAAAGGCGGUGGUGGCUAUUACAACAAUACACAGCAACAAAAUUGGCAUGACAUGAAUAAUCCACAAGGAGACCAUGUGGUGAGGCUAAACAACCAAGCACCUGGUGGUGGUGCCUGGCCUUCGGGGCCACCUCCGCUGAGUGUCGAAGCGAGCACCAAUUUCUCAGGACCCCGGGGGGCGCCAUUGCCACCUCCUUCGCCAACAAUGUCACUUGGGUUCAACAAGAGCACCUUCACUUACGAUGAGCUUGCAGCUGCCACCAAUGGGUUUUCAGAGGCGAAUUUGUUGGGUCAGGGCGGGUUCGGGUAUGUGCACAAAGGUGUCUUGCCCAAUGGGAAAGAGGUUGCAGUGAAAAGUCUCAAGUCGGGCAGUGGUCAAGGAGAACGAGAAUUUGCGGCCGAGGUGGAGAUCAUUAGCCGAGUUCAUCAUCGGCAUCUUGUGUCGCUGGUUGGAUAUUGUAUUGCUGGUGGGCAGAGAAUGCUGGUCUAUGAAUUUGUUGAAAACAAAACCAUGGAAUAUCACUUGCAUGGAAAGGGUCUUCCACCUAUGGACUGGCCAACUAGGCUUCGAAUUGCGGUUGGGUCUGCCAAAGGGCUUGCAUACCUUCAUGAAGAUUGCCACCCGAAAAUCAUCCAUCGUGAUAUUAAAUCUGCUAACAUUCUCCUUGAUUUCAACUUUGAAGCCAUGGUUGCUGAUUUUGGGUUGGCCAAGUUGUCUUCUGACAAUUACACCCACGUGUCUACACGAGUUAUGGGAACUUUCGGGUAUUUGGCUCCAGAAUAUGCAUCAAGUGGAAAAUUGACAGAGAAAUCAGAUGUUUUCUCAUUUGGGGUCAUGCUCCUGGAACUCAUAACUGGAAAGCGACCAGUGGAUCCUUCAAAUGCAAUGGACGACAGCUUAGUUGACUGGGCUCGACCACUUCUCAACCGUUCACUAGAGGAAGGCAAUAAUUUGGAGCUAGUUGACAUCCGCUUGGACAAUAACUUCAACCUUCAGGAGAUGGCACGCAUGGUCGCCUGCGCUGCUGCAAGUAUCCGUCACUCUGCUAGAAAGCGCCCGAAGAUGAGCCAGAUUGUACGUGCACUCGAAGGAGAUGUGUCACUAGAUGACUUGAAUGAGGGGACAAAACCAGGGCAGAGCUCCAUGUUCAACGCCACCACCGGCGGAGGAAGCUCGGACUACGACACGCAGGCAUACAAUGCAGACAUGAAGAAGUUCAGAAAGUUGGCCUUGUCAAGCCAGGAGUUUGGGAGCAGUGAGUUUGGGACUUCAAGUAAUGACUCCAGAGAAAUGUCUGGCACACCCAAGAACCCAAAGCAGCAACUCCUUUAAAGUCUGAGCCCUCACCACAACAAUUAAUGUCCAACAAGAGCUUAACUAAGAGAGGACAUAAUUUCACAACAACACAGUACAAAGAAAAACAAUUGAUCAUAUUGCUUAUGGAUGAAAAUGUGGCUACAGUUUCUAAUUUGCUAUUGAAUUUUGGGAUUUGGGAUUUUUACCCAAGAAAGGUGAGAGAGAGAGAGAGAGAGAGAGAGAGGAGGUUUGGAGUGACAUUGGAAGGGCGUUUGGGGGGGGAGAGGGGCAUGUGCUUUGGGAAAUUGUGUAUUUUGGGGGCCAAUUGAGAUGACCCAGAUCUUGAUUAAUUAGUUUGAUUAACUUGUUUUCUUUGAUAAA